GCAAGGGAAGUCCUAUCGCUACAGUACAACCACAAUCAUCCAACGACGACGCCAUGAACACCACCCCUUCUCUCCCCAGUUUCCUGUUUCUUUUGGCUGAUGACAUUGGCUGGGCCGACUUCAGCUACAACAAUGGCACUGCAUUAACGCCAAACAUAGAUGCCUGGGCGAAGGAAAAGAGUUCCCUGUUGAUGCAGGAUUUUCACAGUGGAGGAACAGUGUGCAGUCCCACUAGAGCAACUGUCUUGACAGGCCGUCACCACUUUCGUGAUUGUGUUGACUUUGUUUAUGGCUGCAGUGACAUGUCACUAUGUGUGCCAAAUUUUGAGUUUGCCCCUUCUCACACAUUCACAGUUGGAGAUGCUGUCCGAAUGGCUCAUCCAGAGGAGUACGGUGACUAUGGGGGUGUCUAUUUUGCAGGCAAGUGGCACCUUGGCAGCUUCUUCAAUGACUCUGAAGCCUAUGGGGGCAAGUGCAGUUCUCCUCUCAAUCAUGGGUUCAGCAAGAUGAAUGCCACUGUUGAAGUGGCUCCAACAGCAACUGCCAACUGCCAGUGCAAACCAGAAUGGCAGAAGGAUUGUCAAUUUGGCCACUACCAUGAACAAAAAUACUGCUAUUCAAGUGAAAAGUUCAAUGGAAAAUGUUGCUACAACUACUGGUGGGAUGACCCAUUGUCGGCCCAUGGUGUGGCCAACCUUACUUGGCCUACUCCAGCAGAUGAUUCUCUCUACCUGGCCGAUGCAUUCUCCCGAUACAUUGCAGAGAGAGCUCAACAGCAGAAGCCAUUCUUGGCUCAAAUCAGCUUUCACAACUGCCACAUACCAUUUAUUGCAGUCAAAGCAGCCAAAGAAUCUUGCGCUAGAGGAGAAACCUGCCGCCCACCAGAUCCGGGAUCUCCUCCCUACACAGACAAAGAACUCGAUUACUAUGGCUGUCUUACUGAGCUUGACAAUGCAGUUGGCAAGGUUCUGCAGGCACUCAAAAAACAUGGAUACUAUGACAAUACUAUGAUCUGGUUUGCAUCCGAUAAUGGCCCUGAGAGGGUCUGCCCACCCGAUGGGAUUUGCAAAAAAGCAUCCACUGACCCACAGAGGCCGGCUGAAGGGCCUGGAUCGGCAGGACCCUUGCGGGGCAGGAAACGUGACAUCUAUGAAGGGGGCCAUCGGGUUGCAGGCAUAGUCUCCUUUCCACCUCUCGUUCAAGGCCAGGGAGGCAAAGAAACUUGGGAAACUGUGGUGACCUUUGAUUUUCUUCCCACCAUCAUGGAGUUGCUAUAUCAAAAUCGCCCUCCAUCUCAGCAAUCCUGGGCCAUGGAUGGUCGCAGCAUUGUUCCGUUGUUGAAGAACCCUGGUACUUUUCAAUGGAAUAAUACAAAGGAAGGUCCCCGUAGCUUCGGCAUUGGCUUUUUUGAUCCAAAGCUAGUAAAGUCGAAUGGCUGGGGCUACCGGUGGGGGAAAUGGAAAUAUGUGCAAGGCAGUGCCAGCUGCAAAAGGGAGGACUGUCAAAAACCACAGUUGUUUGAUUUGGAAUCAGACCUGGGAGAACGACAUAAUUUGGCAGAGGUGAAGCCCACAGUAUUGAGUCAUCUACAAGAGGAGUUUCGGAAAUGGCAUGCUUCUAUCAUGAAGUCUCGACGGGAAGAAUCCAAAUGUCAAAAAACUGAUUUGCUGCCGUUACCAGCCUUUAUGUCAGAACAAUCAUCAGAGGUUCCAGAAAAAUCUUAGGAAACAGUAGAACCAAAGAGCACUCGAGCCAGUGUUGACGCCUUCAUGUAGCGCAUUGUUUUGGUGUGGGCU